AAGGCCACCCUUGCGUUGUCUUUGGUGUCUCCAGAGCUGUCUGCAAAGGGCCUUGUUCCCGCCUGUGCCAGGCUGCUGCCCCCCAUGUGCCUGCCCUCUCGGAGGAGAAAUGAAGCAGGGAUGAACACUGCCGAUGGAGGAUGGGCACCUUCGCCCCAGAAGCUGGAUCCUGGCCGGGCCGGGGGGCCGGGGCCGCUCGCCCGGUCUCUGCAUGCUCUGCCGCUCGUGGCCACGGUGUUUGUCUGGCUGGCCACGGGCACCACCAUGUCCAGCCUGAACAAGUGGAUCUUUGCCAUCCACAAUUUCCGCUACCCGGUGCUGCUCUCCUCCCUGCACAUGCUGACGGCCGUGGUGGUGGGCAGACCCCUGGCCAGGCUCCGGGACGGCGAGACCGGGGACCCCGCCCUCAGCCCUGAAGCCAAGGUGAGGGUUUUCCUGCUGAGCAUGACCUUCUGCGCCAGCGUGGCCUUUGGGAACUUGGGCCUGAACUACGUCCAGCUGGACUUUGCGCAGAUGGUCUAUACCACCACGCCCCUCUUCACCCUGACCCUCUCCAAGGUGCUGCUGGGCAAACGCCACCACCCGCUGCAGUACGCGGCGAUGGGGCCCAUCUGCUUGGGAGCCUCCCUGAGCAUCAUCGGGGAGGUGCAUUUCGAUCAAGCCGGCUGCUGCUUCCUCUUUGCUGCUACUUUCCUCCGCGGACUGAAGUCCAUACAGCAAAGUACGCUGCUGCAGGAAGAGCGCCUGGACCCUCUGACGCUGCUGUGCCUCACUUCCUUGCCCAGCUUCUGCAUCCUCUUUGCGGCGGCGCUGGUGCUGGAGGUCGGUCCCGCCUGGGACGGCACCCUGGCCUAUGGUGGGAGCCUCUGGGCCUGUCUGCUGCUGAGCUGCCUCGGCUCGGUGCUGUACAACCUGGCCAGUUUCUCCGUCAUCUCGCUGACCUCCGCCCUCACCAUCCAUGUCCUGGGAAACUUCAACGUCGUGGGCAACCUGCUUCUCUCCCAUUUGCUCUUUGGGAGCCACCUGACAUUGCUGGGUUACGCGGGCGUCGCGCUCACCCUUUCGGGGGUCUUCCUGUAUCAUCACUGUGAGCGCAUUGCUGCCUACUGGCGCUCGCGGGCCAGCCGAGCCAAGGAAGAAUGAGGCAGGACUCUGUCGGCCC